GCGAAGGGCGGCGGCGGCGGCGCGUGCUCGGACCGGGCUCUGGAUCCCGCUCGGCCCCCGGAUCCCGCUCGGCCGGCUGUUCCCGGCCCGCUGUGGCGCGCCCCAACACCCUGCGUUCCCCGCACCCGCACUCGGCCCCGCGGAGGAGAGGCCAUGCCGCCGCGGCGCAGCAUCGUGGAGGUGAAGGUGCUGGACGUGCAGAAGCGGCGGGUGCCCAACAAGCAUUAUGUCUACAUCAUCCGUGUCACGUGGUCCAGCGGCUCCACGGAGGCCAUUUACCGGCGCUACAGCAAAUUCUUUGAUCUCCAGAUGCAGAUGUUGGACAAAUUUCCCAUGGAAGGAGGACAGAAGGACCCCAAACAGCGGAUCAUUCCCUUUCUUCCAGGCAAAAUUCUCUUCCGACGGAGCCACAUUCGGGACGUGGCCGUCAAACGCUUGAUACCAAUCGAUGAAUACUGUAAGGCCCUGAUCCAGCUGCCCCCCUACAUUUCUCAGUGUGAUGAGGUGCUGCAGUUCUUUGAAACAAGACCUGAGGACCUGAAUCCCCCCAAAGAGGAACAUGUUGGAAAAAAGAAAUCUGGGGGCGACCUGACCUCGGUGGACCCCAUGGUCCUGGAGCAGUACGUAGUGGUGGCAGACUACCAGAAGCAGGAGAGCUCGGAGAUCAGCCUCAGCGUGGGGCAAGUGGUAGACAUCAUCGAGAAGAACGAGUCAGGUUGGUGGUUCGUCAGCACAGCUGAAGAGCAAGGCUGGGUCCCCGCAACCUGCCUCGAAGGACAGGAUGGUGUGCAGGAUGAGUUUUCCCUACAGCCGGAAGAAGAGGAGAAGUACACAGUCAUCUACCCAUACACAGCUCGUGACCAAGAUGAAAUGAACCUGGAGAGAGGAGCUGUGGUGGAGGUCAUCCAGAAAAACCUGGAAGGCUGGUGGAAGAUCAGGUACCAGGGCAAAGAGGGCUGGGCCCCAGCUUCCUACCUAAAGAAGAGCAGCGGGGAGCCUGUACCCCCAAAGUUGGGCCCCGGCUCACCCGCCCACGCGGGCGUCCUCGAGCUGGACGGCGUCUCCCGGCAGCAGAACUCGGUGGGCCGGGACAAGGAGCUGCUCAACAACCAGAGGGAUGGCCGGUUUGAAGGCCGCCCGGCGCCCGACAGUGACGUCAAGCAGAGAUCACCCAAGAUGAGACAGAGACCCCCUCCUCGCCGGGAUAUGACCAUACCUCGAGGUCUGCCCAAGCCUCCCAUCCCACCCCAAGUGGAGGAAGAAUAUUACACCAUUGCUGAAUUCCAGACCACCAUCCCUGAUGGCAUCAGCUUCCAGGCGGGCCUGAAGGUCGAGGUGAUCGAGAAGAACUUGAGCGGCUGGUGGUACAUUCAGAUUGAAGAUAAGGAAGGGUGGGCCCCAGCGACUUUCAUCGAUAAGUAUAAGAAAACCAGCAAUGCCUCAAGACCCAACUUUCUGGCUCCCUUGCCCAAUGAGGUGACGCAGCUCCGGUUGGGAGAUGCAGCAGCAAUGGAGAACUGCACGGGCAGUGAAGCCGUCGGCCCGUCCCGGCCCCUACCCGAUGCACCACAUGGGGCUGUGGACUCCGCCAUGCCGUGGUCCAAAGACUGGAAGGGUGGUAAGGAGGUCCCAAGGAAGGCAUCUUCAGACACGUCCUCGUGUGCAGGCUACGAGGAGAUCUCGGACCCCGACCUGGAGGAGAAGCCCAGCCUCCCUCCCCGGAAAGAAUCCAUCAUCAAGUCGGAAGGGGAGCUGCAGGAGCGACAGAGGAUGGAGCAGCUCAGAGGUUCUUCACCCAAGCCUCCUGGCAUGAUCUUGCCAAUGAUCCCAACCAAACACACGCCUCCAGCCCGGGACAGCAGGAGACCAGAGUCCAAACCUGACAAAAGCAAGUUGUUCCAGCUGAAAAAUGAGAUGGGGCUGGAGUGUGGCCAUAAAGUAUUGGCCAAGGAAGUGAAGAAGCCCAACCUCCGACCUGUCUCCAAAUCCAAAGCUGACCCACCGGAGGAGAGGCCGGAAGCUGUUCCCCAGAAUCCCUUCUUAAAGUCCAAACCUCAGGUUAGGCCAAAACCAGCUCCUUCCCCCAAGACAGAGCCACCUCAGGGCGAAGACCAAGUGGACAUCUGUAACCUCAGGAGCAAGCUCAGGCCUGCCAAGUCCCAAGAGAAACCCUCGUUGGACGGAGAGAGCAGCCCCCAGGCUGGGGGAGGCCAGGACGUGGCCAUCAGCCGUGGCUUCCUCCCAGGGGAGGGGCCUGGCCGUGCCCAGGACAGGACGAGCAAACAGGAUGGGCUCAGCCCAAAGGAGACGUCCUGCAGAGCCCCUCCAAGGCCGGCCAAGACCGCAGAUCCUGUGCCUAAGAAUGUGCCAGUCCCUCUCCAAGAGGCUUCCCAGCAGAGACCUGUAGUCCCUCCUCGGAGACCACCCCCCCCCAAGAAAACCUCCUCGUCGUCCAGGCCCCUUCCAGAGGUCAGGGGGCCCCUUCCAGAGGUCAGAGGGCCCCUUCCAGAGGUCAGGGGGCCCCUUCCAGAGGUCAGGGGGCCGCAGCGGGAGCCCACCGAAGGCAAGACAGCUCCUGUCCCAGGCCGGGCCCUGCUUGUCCCCCCAAAAGCCAAACCUUUUCUCUCCGGCUCCUCAGGGGGGCAGGAUGACAUGCGAGGCAAAGGUGGGCUGGGGCCACGGAUGAUGGGCAAGAUGGGAGAAAACAAGGAGAAAGUGGCUGCAGCCCCCUUCCCCAAUGCAGACGGCCCCAAGGACUUGUAUGUGGCCGUGGCCAACUUUGAAGGAGACGAAGGUACCAGCGGCUUCCAGGAGGGGACGGUGUUCGAGGUCCGGGAAAAGAACAGCAGCGGCUGGUGGUUCUGCCAGGAGCAGUGGGCUCUGACAGCAUUGCCCCACCACCUCGCGUCUGCUCACAGGAUGAUGCUGGAGAUCUCUGGACAUCUCAGCACUCCUCAUACCCUUGGCAAGCUGACACAUUCUGGUGGUGUCUUUGUUUCCUUUUAACACACACGAAAAAUACAUGAGGAUAUAUAAUGUGAGGGGGGAGGGGUGAUGAACAGUGAAUUAGCUGUAGCAUGUAUAGACUAUAUACUUUACCAUUAGACUUUUCUUUUUUUUUUUUAAUAAAAAAAAGUGCUUGACUGGUUUCAAGCUUCAUUGUGAA